AAAAACAAUGAUGGUGGUGGCCAAAAACAUUAAGGCCGAGAGAAGACCACCGCCGUUUACCGCCAGUGUCAUAAUCAGUGCGAAAUCAGCCGCCGUUGUUGUAUUAUCAUAUAUAUAAUAUUUUAACAUUAUUGAUAAUAACAAGAAAAAUAAUUUUAAUAAUAAUAAUACUAAUAAUAAUAGAGUUGUUGUGUGUAUAAUUAUGUAUUAUAGAGUUUACUGUUAGUAGCUGUGCAGUUAAUAGUUUUCCAGUGUGGUGAAUAAAUGUGUAUCAUGCAAUUAAGGAUAAUGUUGGAUGUUCCUUAUGCACCAGAAGAAUAAAAUAAAAAGGUUUUUUAUUUAUUAUUAUUUAUUUUUUAUUAUCUUACAAUGGUAUAUAUUAGCCACCGUUAUAUAAUAUAUAUAUAUAAAUAUAUAUUAUUUUAUAUUAUAUUGUGAAAUACGUGUGAAAAUGUUGCGAAACAAAAGUAUUGGCACGCGAUUCUUACGGUGGUAACAGCAUCUUUGAUCAUCAAAUAGUCUUACCUUCGAUGUAUAUUCAUUACUAAAAUAAAUUUAAAAUCAUUUUCUAUAUAGAUAUAUUUAUUGGUAUUUCAUACAUUUGGUUUUUAUAAAACUAAUUUAAUGGAGAAUACUACUUCUACCGCAUUUACAAUUGAUAAUCAAUCGCCAAAUAAAAAUAACGAAUUGAAAAAUGGGGAUAAUAUCGAAGAUUGUCAACAACAGCAUCAAAGACGGCAACGGAAUACCGGAAAUGGCCGGUGGUGUACCAGCAGCGUUCGAUCACGGUCCUCUACAUCAUUUCUCAUACACAAUUUACUUAUAUCUUGUUCGGGUGAUGCUAGUGACGUGCAAGCAAAUAUAUCUCCUCCAUCACUCCCGCUGGUUGAACAAGAUAAUGACAAUGACGACACUAGUAAUAAUAGUAGCAGCAGUGAAAGCAAAAGUAGAAGUUGUAGUCCACAAGAGAUACAACUAUCAUCCCCCGUAAUGGACGUUAAAGAAGAAAAAGAAGACGUUAACGGAAUGUUCGAUGCAGAACACUAUAGAAUUAAGAGACGAAAAUGCACAAUUCCUUUUAGAAGAAGAACAGCUAAGAAAAAAGAAAGCAUCAGUACUAAUGUUAGCGGUGAUAGUGAUGAUGAAAAAGAAGAAAUUUCAGAAGAAGAUUCACAAAUGCAGUCAAUGCAAUCCCAACCACCACCUAUUUCGAUAUACCUAUCAACAACUAUGAAUCAUCAACAUCAACUAUCUGCCCAACAAACAUCAACUCAAACACCUACUCUAACGUCAACCACGCCGGUAUCGUCGUUAAACUUCAGUGUAAACGCCAUUCUUAGUGGCGGAGGAUGUUCUAAUGGGCGAAGCAAUAGUACUAGUAGUAACUGUAGCACCGGAAGCAAUGGAAGUAAUGGGUCCAAUGGUUUCGGAUUCGGUGGAAAAAUGGUGCCACACCAACAAAAUAUUUAUGACACUGGUCAACAGCACAAUCAACACCUGGCUUCCGCUGCUUUUUUGCGAAUUACAGCGGCGGCCGCUGCAGCUUCCGCUUCGUCGCCAUCUGGUUCCAUGUUUUACCAUCACCAUCAUCUCGCUUCAGUCGCUGCACUUCACCAUCACCAGCAGCAACGACAACAACAGCAAUUACACCAAAACCGAGUACACCCGGCGACCUGCGGCAGUCCGUCGCCGACGCCUCCGCCGUCUUGUCUGCCGGCUGUCGCAUCGAACACGCCGCCGUCCACUUGUACCUUCUUGACGGACGCCACCAGCACGCUGACCACGGCACCGCAACCGGCGCAACCUCUCCGGACCAUCGCCAAGCCGAUCGCGCGCAGGCCCGCCAACGCCGCGCACCCGAACGCGGGCUCCAACGGCAGUGUCCACAACUCGGCAUUGCUGCCGCUGGCCGCCGCCGCGAAUUUGGCGUCCAACGGUCCGUCGAGCGGCAGCGGCGGCGGCGGCGGCGGCGGUGGUGGCGGUCUGGCGAAUAACGCCAAUGACAGUGCUGGUGGCGGAGGCGGCGGCGGUGGCGGCGCAAAUGUCUGCAACUCAACCGCACUGUCGAAUACGUCCAUUUCGUCUUCCUCUACUGCCGGUACAGGACGACCUAAUGGCUCUGGAACAAACAGAUUCCCUAUAGUACACCCUCAGUACAAUUAUCGUCAUCAUUUAGCUCAUCAACAUCCUCAUACUCAUCAUGAAAUCCUCAUGAUGCAAUCUCGAUCAAAUGGAGUCUCUAGCUCCAAUAACGGAACUUCUAACUCUAUGGCUGCUGUUCCUCCGUCGCCUUUUUCAUCUUCUACCACGUGGCCUUAUAGUGCGGGACCCAGUGCAAACGGAGGAGGAUCUGUACAUAUAACCGGAACAAAUGCACAUCAUCAUAGAAUUACGCCAUUACAUCAUCAUCAGCAUCACCCGUCAGCAACAACCAUGCUAUUAAUGAGCACCAACAACAACACUUUGAACGUGAUGAACGGAGUAGUGGUCGGUGGAAAUAACAGGGGAAAACCACGGAGAGGCAUGAUGCGACGGGCCGUGUUCUCUGAUGCGCAACGAAAGGGCUUGGAACGUCGGUUUCAGGUGCAAAAGUACAUCAGCAAACCGGAUAGAAAGCGAUUGGCCGACAAGUUAUCGUUAAAAGAUUCACAGGUAAAGAUAUGGUUCCAAAACCGUCGGAUGAAGUGGCGCAACACCAAGGAACGGGAACUGCUGGCGGCCGGCACGGGUUGUCGCGAACAGACUUUGCCGACGAAAAACAACCCCAACCCGGACCUGAGCGACGUGACUACGACGUCCACGGCGACGUCCAACAGCGGCUCGUUGCCGGCUUCGUCGACGGUCACCGCGACAACGCCGACCGCGGGAUCCGGAGGAGCGACAACUUCGGCGACACCGGCAUCGGUAGCCGGCCAACAGGACAAAAAAAAUGCCAACGGUACGAAAAAUCACCAUCAGCAUCCACAUCACCAUCAGCAGCAGCAGCAGCAGCAUCAUUCGGUCCAACAGAAACAGAUACCUCAGAAGAAGAUCAACGUGGCUGUGGAUCAGAUGCUGUUGAACAGGGGCGGCAGCGGUGGUGCAGGCGGGCCACUAGUAGUCAGGCAACAGCAAGUGUUGUAGUGAAAUAACGAUAACGAUAAUAAUGAUAAAUACUAAUAAUAAAAAUAAUAUUAA